GGAAGUAAGAUUUUCCAAUUGUGUAAAACACCGCGUUUUUGCUUUAGCUCAGUCAAAUUAAGCCGGAACUUAACCAUUUUCUCAGGGUUUAUAAUACUCAACGUAGGCUUUCUUUUGACGAAAGAACGGAGUCUGUAUCUAUCAAGGAAGUUGCGUUAUUGCAAAAACAAAAAAGAUCUUAAACUUUUGUGGAGCACUUUUACUGGUACCGGUACCGGUACUGGUGCAUACCUACGCCCUAGACAUCGAUUCUUAUAUAAGAAUCCUAUCAGGAACGUCUAAGUCUCUUACCAGUGAAUUACAAGAUUCUUAUCCGAAUCCUAUCAGUUUCUUAUAUAAGAUUGUUUAACAUUUCCCGUCGACAGUCGCAAGUGUCUUUUAAGAUUUUCAUAAGAGGAUCGUAGAAAUUCAUAAGUAGGGACCAAAACUCUAACGAAGUUUUCCAGCCAAUAGAAGCAACUUAAUCAUAACAGAAAUCAGCAAAACCAACUCAUAAGCUGCCUUUUAGUAAAUAAGAAUAACAUGAGAAUUUUUGGUACUCCUUAUAAAUUUCUUAAGAAGCUCAUAUGAAAAUCUUAUAACACACUUACGAUUGUCGAUGGAAAAUUUUAAACAAUCUUAUAUAAGAAACUGGUAAGAUUUCGAUCAGAAUCUUAUCAGUUUUAUCAAAAACAUUUUGUCUAGGGCGCGGGUGGCGCUGUGUAUAACAUCUCCAGUGGUCAAUGAACCUGAGCUGCACGAUGACGUGUUGGCAUCUGGGAGGGGGAGUGAUGUGACGGAUGGAGGCGUUGACCAAAGGGCUCAGUGGUUAGAGCGUAGACACGGAAUAUCAAGGUCCUGGACUCGAAUUGUAGUCUGACCACACAUUUUUCCUUCACAGAUAUGAGCUUAUUUUUAUAUAUAUUUUAAAGACGAAGAGCCAUGGCUGGUCUAUAAUGCUUAUAUUGCACAUGAUACUGGAACUUGGAAAGACUUGAAUAUCAAAUAUAUACUACAAAUUUAUCGUGAUUAUAUUUACACAAAUAAUAAACAGUUUCUAAUCGAUCUGUGGCCAACUAUCAAAGUACGUUUGAAGAAUGAAGGGAUUGAUCACGCUAAGAGACGGAGGAAACAAAGGCCUUUAUUGUAAAGUAUUAAUGUAUUAUUUCUUAAUAAUCAUCAUCUUUUAGUUUUUAUUCUAGUUAGCAACGGAUAAAGUCAAGUCACAGGACACGGAUAAUGAUGGAAUAAUAGACAACGGUGGCUUUGCAGACCAGACUUACGAUGCAUGGAAAGCUACUGGAGCAAGUGCUUACUGUGGUGGCUUACACAUUGCUGCUCUACGAGCUGCUUUUGAAAUGGCCUGUAUAAUGAACGAUCAAAAUGCGGCUAAUGAAUACGAAGCAUGGCUAAGCAAAGCUAAACAGUCGUAUAAUGAUAAACUGUGGAACGGAAAAUAUUAUGACUAUGAUAGUAGCACAUCGAGAUAUCACGAUAGCAUUAUGACAGAUCAACUGGCCGGAUUUUGGUAUCUUCGAUUAUGCGGACAUCAUUAUGAGGACUUUGAAAAGGAUAAAGUAUUAAGCAGUCUCGAGACAAUAUUUAAGACGAAUGUAAUGGGUGUUGGAAAUGGAUUGAUUGGCGCAGUAAAUGGUACGACGAAAGAUGGUCAGAUCGAAACAGCAAGCAUGCAGUCAGAAGAAAUAUGGACCGGUGUUACUUAUGGUUUAAGUGCCACAAUGAUUAUGGAAAAUCUUGUUAACGAAGCAUUUCUAACAUCCGAAGGUAUAUACAAUACAUGUUACAAUGUGGUUGGUCUCGCGUUUCAGACGCCGGAAGCGUUAAUGCAUGACGGACGAUUUCGAUCGGUUGGAUAUAUGCGGGCUCUUGCAAUCUGGUCAAUUCAAAAAGCAAUUGAACUUUCCACUGCAAAUAAAAAGAAAGAUCUUCAAAUCAGGAACGAAGAUGACAGCAAACUUUCUUCGUCGGUUCCAUCUCGUCUAUUACAUUAA